AUGGACUUCUUCAAAGUCUCAAGCACGGUGCCAUACAACAUGAAACUCCAAUGCAACAGUCAUAGUAUCGAUCCCCCAUCCCUUCCAUGGUGCUUGUUGAAAAACGGCAUGUCACCCGUUCACACUCUCGCUGUCGUGUUGCUUUUAGUCUCAGUUUUGACUGCCAUACUAUGUUCCCUGUCAUCUCGUGAUUCGGAUAUUUUGCUAGCCCGACGCCGACAGGCCCUAUAUGCGAUCCUCUUUCUUGUCACCCCUACAUGCUCACUUUGGUCGGCUGCAUACCUCGCUAUUGCCCGGCGAGCAGCUGCUUCUGGCAAUAACAUUGUUCGCCUGCCGCUACGUGAGCUGCUUGACGACAUCGUUGCCGGGAAAAUGCAGCUUAGAGAUACUGGACUUGAUCUACCCUCCCUAAUAACAAGCACCCUCCGAGUCCACGACUGGCUGAUCGUCUUGAGAGUGGAACUGAGCUGGUGGGCGACCGUCCUGGGUUGGAUCGCCGCAUCUCACUUCUCAUUCAUCAAAUCUUACUCAUUCGUAUGGUCUGGUUCACAGUUCAUCAGUGAUCGCAAGACAUCGCCUUCGAGCUCGUCCUUCAAAACGUCGUCACUUACUCAGACACUCCACAAUCUCAACGGUACACGAACUGAAGCUGUGUCGCUCCUACCUGCUCGGGGACUAUCCCUUGAUACGGUCCCGUACCUGCACCUUGAAGCAUUCGUCCGCGCGUUGCAAACAGCUCUGUGUCCAGGAUCAUGCAUCUCCAUCAACUUCACCGCGCGCUGCACUUCCGUCUCCUUCCUGAGCUCGUCCUUCGUUCUGACUGCACUUCCAUUUCUUCCUCGUCAGCGCAUUCAUCGGGGCUCUCGGAACACAUAUACCUCACAGCAGCUCUCAUCGACGUCGUCCGAUGCUGUACGCACAACCACUCCACUGUUCGCAUCAUUAUCCUACGUCCUAGAUCUGAUCACGUCCGGUUCGAUGCCGCUCAUCGUGCAUUCCGUGCGGAACGUCUCAGAACAGCAAGCAAGUUCUCUGAACGCGUACGUCCGGGACCUGGAAGAAGACGCUGGUGUACGGAUGGCAUUCGUGCGCAGAUGGGGUCUCCCAGGAUGGCGGGAAGAGAUGGUCUAUACGUCAUGGGAAGCAGCUCUCCUCACUUCGAGGUUACUGGAGAGGUGGGAGGUGAUGGCGUACAAGGCGGUCUGA